CGUUUGUACAAAUUUUUUUGAUAAAUUUUGCAAUUGUUGUUUAAAUUGAUUUAAAUUACUUACGUACGUAUGUAAUUAAACUAGACUUCGCAGUUAUCAACCAAAGAAAAUGAACUUUUUCAAAAAGGCUCCAACAGUGAAAGAACAGCAAAGGCAAAAUGAUCGUGAGCUACGUAAAGCAGGCAGAGAUUUGGAGCGGGACAAAGCAGCACUUGAAAGAGAAGAAAAGAAAUUGGAAAUGGAAAUAAAGAAGAUGGCAAAAGAAGGCAACAAUGAAGGUUGUAAAAUACUUGCAAAACAACUGGUGCAGAUGAGAAAACAAAAGACAAGGAUCUAUGCAGCUAACAGCAAGAUUGCGAGUGUACAAGUACACAACAAGACAAUGGGAGCGAACAUAGCUAUAGCUGGCGCAAUGGGAACCACGGCUAAGACUAUGGGCACCAUGAACAAAGUCAUGAACCCGCACCAAAUUGCCAAAGACAUGGAGGCAUUCAAGCAGGCUAAUGCCAAGAUGGAUAUGACGGAUGAAAUGAUUUCAGACACGCUGGACGACAUCAUGACGGAGUCCGGUGAUGAGGAGGAGACCGAGGGAAUUGUGAGCCAGGUGCUGGAUGAGAUCGGCAUUGAGAUUAGUGGAAAGAUGGCUGAUGCGCCUUCAGUAUCGAGGAACAAAGUUGGCGCGUCCACCACUGACGCCGACAAGGAGUUGAUGGCACAACUGGCUAAGUUACGCUCUUAGUGGCUACAGCACUAAAAUAUAGGUGUUCCAGAAUUUAUUUGUUAUAAUGCACCAUAAGGGUAAAUUCAGACCGAAACGUGACCCGUAGUCCGUAGAUGCAUCUCUUAAUUUGUAUUGAAUUGACAUAAUAUUAUUAUUUGCAUGACGUCUCACGCAAUUGAAGUCUGUCAAAUCUGUACAAGAAAAUAUGCAACUACGCAUCGCGUUGCGGUCUGAAUUGACCCUAAGAUAUGGUCAAGUAAUCUUACGUUUAUAAAAUGCUAUGUUUUGUCUUCUUCUGAUACAUUGGCAAAGGCGGUUGAUUGGACAAACAUCGUAUUACGUAUGUUUUAUGUAACUAUUUUUUAAUCAAGGGGAAUAUUUUUUACUUGUGUUAUGUAGUAUCUAAACAGCAUUCAAUGAACAGACUAAACCAGGGGUCACCAAUUAAUUUCGCUCGGGGUCCGUUUUAAAACAUG